AUGACUGCCAGCUUAGAGCAGACCCUCCCCGAGCCGGAUGUCGAGGACGGCAUCAAGUAUUGGGCAUCGCAGCCCGCCAGCUACGACGGUGUGCUCGGUGGUUUUGGCAAUGGAACACUACCCCGGGUCGACGCCCUAGGCUCCCGCCAAUUCCUCCAACACCUCCUCCCCGAACUCUGCACCGUCCCCUCCGCCAUCCGCCCCCUGACCGCCCCCUCCCCCUCCGCCCGCCGCCCGCGCGCCCUCGACGUCGGCGCGGGGGUCGGCCGCGUCACCUCCGACGUGCUCCUCCACCUCUUCGCAGACGUGCUCCUCGUCGAGCCCGUCGCGCCCUUCGUCGCCGAGGCGCUGCGCCGCGGGCGCGCGAGCGAGGCCCUCCCGGCCGGCGCGUCCAUCGCGCUCGACGAGAACCCGAUGGCGGUCCCGUGGAAGGGCGUGCGCGCGCGCACGACGAGCGUCACGUUCGUGCAGGCGACGCUGCAGGAGUUCGACCCUGCGCGGCCGAAGGGGCGCGUGCUCGGGCGGGUUGGGUAUGAGGGUAAUGCGGAGGGCGCUGAUGCUACCGCCGUGGCUUUGGAGGACUUGGACUCCGGGUUCGACGUCGUGUGGUGCCAGUGGUGUCUUGGGGCGCUGAGCGAUCCGGACCUGGUUGCGUUCUUCAAGCGGAGCAAGGCCGCGUUCCGGGAUCCCGCGCGGGGGCUCAUCGUCGUGAAGGAGAAUCUGUGCUCUGAGACGGGCUCGCCGCGCGCAGUCUUCGACGAGAGCGACUCGAGCUUGACGAGAUCGGACCUGGCGUGGAAGCAGUCCUUUGCGGAAGCUGGUCUGCGUAUUGUGCACGAACAGGUCCAGGAAGGUUUCCCAGAAGGAUUGUACACCGUAAAAAUGUACGCUCUCAGGUAA